ACUAGUUUGCAGCAACCUUGCCAAAUCCUCCCCUCCAUGCCAUGCCAAUUGCCAGAGCCCAGAGAGGCGGUCACGAAAACGGAGAGCGCCACCCACCGCAAAUCCCGGCGGGACUGAACCUGAACGGAACUAACUCUUUCGUUUCCACCGCAAUUCCAAUUCCAACCACCUCCCCGAGUCCGGAUUCCCGACCGAACGAACCCAUCUUCUUCAUCUCGCACGCACGCCGCGGCCUCCCUCCACCUCCUCCUCCUCCUCCUCCACUUGAGCCGACACUUCAUCCAUUCCCCAUCCCCAUCCCACGCGGCCACCACCACCACCUCCUCCCCCCUCCUCCAUAUCUCUCCGGGCCAAGGAGGAGGAACAGGAGGAAGAGUAUAUCAGUCCUCAUACCAAUAAAUUCGUCACGCCGGCUCCGCCUCGCCAUUGCCUUGCCCCAAGGCCCAAGCUGGUAGCAGCAGGCCGGGGAGCAGUCGAGCAGGAGGAGGAGAUGAAGGGGCUGAGCGGGCCGAAGCUGCUGGUGGUGCACCCGUCGUCCAACAAGUCGCCCGGCGGGGCCGGGUCGCCCGGGGCGGUUCUUGGCGCGCGCCGCCGGGUGUGCGCCGCCGUCUUCCUGGCCUGCUUCGCCUGCGUCUCCCUGGCCACCACGCUGCUGUCGGCCGCGCGGGACCCCGGUGGGGCCGCGGCCGGGAGGGCGGCGGCGGCGUUCGCGGUGCCAGCGAGGGUUGGCGCCGGCACCGCCGCCGUGGCCGCAACGGGGGAGGGGCUGCCGGGGCACGUGUUCGACGCGCUGGUGCAGUACGCGUCGGCGGGGGGGAACUCGACGGCGAGCAUGCCGGGUGCCGACGUGCGCGCCAUCGCGGCCGUGCUCAAGCGCCGCGCGCCGUGCAACCUGCUCGUGUUCGGGCUCGGCGGGGAGACGCCGCUGUGGCGCGCGCUCAACCACGGCGGGCGCACCGUGUUCCUGGACGAGAACCAGUACUACGUGUCCCACCUGGAAGGCCGGCAUCCGGGGCUGGAGGCCUACGACGUCGCCUACACCACCACCGUCCGCGAGUUCCCCGACCUCCUCGACGCCGCACGCGCCGCGCGCGCCGCCGAGUGCCGGCCUGUCCAGAACCUCCUCUUCUCUGACUGCCGACUCGCCAUCAACGACCUCCCCAACCAGCUCUACGAUGUCUCCUGGGACGUCAUCCUCGUCGACGGCCCGCGCGGGUACACGGCGACGUCGCCGGGGAGGAUGUCGGCGAUAUUCACGGCGGGGGUGCUGGCACGGACGCGGGCCGGGGAAGGCGCGACGACGGAUGUGCUGGUGCACGACUACGAGCGGGAGGUGGAGCGGGCGUGCUCGAGGGAGUUCCUGUGCGAGGAGAACCGCGUGGCCGAGACCAGCACGCGGUCGCUCGCCCACUUCGUCGUGCGCGGCGGCGGCUCCGCCCGCCGCGACGCCUUCUGCUCCGGACCGGGAACGGCGGCGGCGGCCCACUAGUAGUUUUACUCCUGUCUGUCCCUCACCUCACCUCUUCUUCUACCUUUUUUUUUAGGAUUUAACCUCUCGAGAUCUCGAUGACGGUUAAUGAUGAUGAUGUUGUUUGUCAUGUGAGUGGGGGGCGAAAAAAGGAUGGAAAAGAGAAAAGGUGAAUGAAGCCUGUAAAAAUUCGGUGUGACGGAAAAAAAAAAAGAUGCAGAGGAAUGUGUCUCUGUCCUUGGCGACUC